AUGCCGUGCCAGGACAUCAAUGUCGUGGCGUCUGGCGUGCUAUUUGAAUUGAACAAGUGUCAGCGUCGAGGGGAAACAGCGUCGAAGCCGUCGCUCUAUGGAAGGCCCCCCUCUGUAUUAUAUAUCGAACGACCUGACCCCGCACCGCGCAGCCAUUCCCAGACGUUGUUGUACAGCAUUUGCAUGUCCUGCCAGUCGGCUCUCAAAACUCAAAAUAUUAACACUUUAACGCCAAGUUUUUUAUCCGGCUGCCGGAAACAGACAACACAGCGCACAUAAACACAGCGCCAAACACAAAUACUAGUGAGCUAGUGAGCUCUCGGCGUUGUCGGCAAAACGCCAUGUUGGAUUAUUCAACUCGACGCCAUUUCGCGUCACAAUGCGCGCUAUGCGCCGCCAUCACUGCAACCGACAGCGAACGGCACACGGCAGUAGCAACAACAACAGGAACAGAAGCAACAACUGCAACAGCGGCAGCAACAACAGUAACAACAGCAACAACAGCAACAGCUAAAGGCGACCCACACGGCGGAUGAAGUUGCAAUUCAAAGUCAUAAACACGUGGAGCGUGGGCGCAAAGUCUCAGCUAAGCCGCGAAGAAUGAGGGGAAAAGCGGAAAAAGCGGGAAAAGCCGGGAAAGCGGAUGAGGGAAAAGCGGGAAAGGCAGCCACUUCCUGCCCCGCAAUUCCUAGCCUGGCCCCUUUUAUUUUCAGACCAUUUUGUUGUCUAUGCUUCACGACAGUCAGAGGGUAUCACAAGCAUAUUAAAUCCAGUCCAUUUGGCAGCCAAACUGCAAUUGAAAGCAGUGUCAUUCCCUUUGAUAGCUGA